AAUGGUUCAAAGUUGAAGCAACGGGUAACAAUUCCGCAAAAUUGGGAUCGAUUUCCUCUGUAUUAUAUCUGAAUCAUUCCGUUGUUACGCGCCACCGUGUUUUGUCUUUGUCUCUGUAGACUGUAGCUAACUCUCUCCAGCAAAUAAAAUGGCGAAUAAGAGCAAAAUCCUGUUCAUCGGAGGAACGGGUUACAUCGGGAAAUAUAUAGUGGAAGCGAGCGCGAGAUCUGGCCACCCAACCCUCGUUCUCGUUAGAAAUUCGACGCUCACUAGCCCAUCACGUUCCAUCACCAUCGAGAAUUUCAAGAAUCUCGGCGUUCAGUUUCUACUCGGAGAUCUUAACGAUCAUACGAGUCUCGUGAAUUCGAUAAAGCAAGCAGAUGUCGUGAUAUCGACGGUUGGACACUCGCUCUUGGGCCACCAAGACAAGAUCAUAUCUGCCAUCAAAGAAGCUGGUAACGUUAAGAGAUUCUUUCCCUCGGAGUUUGGAAAUGACGUAGACCGGGCUCACAGUGUUGAACCUGCCAAAUCAGCCUAUGCUACAAAGGCAAGAAUCCGCCGAACAAUUGAGGCACAAGGGAUCCCAUACACUUACGUCUCUUGCAACUUCUUUGCUGGCUACUUCCUCCCAUCUCUAGCACAGCCUGGGGCUACUUCUGCUCCACGGGAUAAAGUCAUCAUUUUGGGUGAUGGAAACCCCAAAGCUGUGUUCAAUAAGGAAGAAGACAUCGGGACGUACACAAUCAACGCCGUAGAUGAUCCAAGAACCUUGAACAAGAUCUUAUACGUUAGGCCACCGUUGAACACUUACUCAUUCAACGAUCUUGUCUCGCUUUGGGAGAAAAAGAUUGGAAAAACACUCGAAAAAAUCUACGUUCCAGAAGAACAAAUCCUCAACCAGAUAAUAGAAGCUUCGCCUCCACUCAACGUGAUGCUAUCACUUUGUCAUUGCGUUUUCGUGAAAGGAGGACAGACAAGCUUUGAAAUCGAACCUUCCUUUGGAGUAGAAGCUUCUGAGCUUUACCCUGAUGUCAAAUACACUACUGUUGAUGAAAUCCUCAACAACUACGUCUAAACCUUAGUAGCUUAACCUAAGAAACCUCGUGAUUCUUUCCUAAAAUGUAUCAAAAUUGUUUUAGUUUUCUAAAUAAGUUUUAGAUUUUGGGUUUAGAUUUGGCUGUUAACCUGUGACUUUUUCCGUUCCAAUAUAAAUCAAUCAAACCGCACCUCACUAGUGGGUUUCUGAUG